UGGAGAUAUAGAUUGAGACACUUGUUCUCCAUCCAUUUUAUCUUAUCGCUGCUUGGUAUCACAGCGAGUUACCUGCAGCUUCCGAAAACCCUAACUCUGACUCAUUCCACUCAUUGUUCUUAACGCCAUGGACUCCAAGCCCUCUGUACCAGAAACGCCAUCGCAUCUCUCCAACACAUCAGGUUCUCCUCCUCCUUAUUCUUCCUCGACAUCUUCGCCUUCUUCAAAUAGUUCUGUUAUCAAUAAUUCAGUUGAGAAUUAUACUUUUGAGGUGGCUAAUAUUAAUAACAUUAGCGUUAGUAGUGGGAGUAACGAUGGGAUGUUUGUGAGUGGUGCGGAAGACUUUAAAAUGGAGACGGAGAAGCCAGUUGCCCUCCCGGAAACCCCUCAAAACCCCUUUCAAUGGGAUGGUGCUGGUUCCAAUUUUGUUGAAACCGUUGAAUUUCCGGUGCUGAAAAGUGAAGAGCUGGCGAAUGAAGAGGAUGAUGAUGAUAAUGUUUAUGCUGUAGGACAGUCGAAACUCGGGACCAUGGAGAAGGGUGAAUUGGAUGGGGAUGGGGAUAAGGGUUUAGAGUUGAGUUGGGCUCAGGAUUCUGGGGAUAAAAAUGGAAUUGAGGUUGUGGAUAAUCAAGGAAAGGAGGUUUCUUUGGAAAUGGGCAAGGGCGUGGACACGAAUUUGGGUGACAUGGAGACUGAGAAGCUUGGGAGGGAGAAGAGCCAGUUGGACGCAGAACCUGUUGAAGGGAAGAAAGCAGAAGUUUAUGGUGGCAAGGCAGUUGAAGAGGGAGAGUUUUUCAGUGGUGGGAAUGAAAAAGUGGACAGUUUGAUUUCAGAACUAGAGAAUGACAAGUUGGUCGAAGAGGGGGACUCGGUUCUGGAGUCUGUCCGUGCCCCUUUGCGGGGAUUGGGAGUGGCUGUUGGUGGAGGUAUGGAGGGAGGUAAUUAUUCUGAAGUUAGAGGAGCAGAGGCUCCAGUUGAUGGUAGUUUGUCUCCAAACAAUUGUUUUGAUAAGACUAGUAGUGAUAUGGAACAACCAGUCAAUUUUAAUGCAGAAUCCAAGAAAAAUGUUGAAUCUGUGGCUGGUUUUAAGCCUGAAAUCGCAGAAGUGGACAGUAAUGGGAAGGAAAUUGUUGUUUCUGGCUUGGGAGAGGGGGAACAUUCAGAAAUCAUUGAUGUGUUUGAUGAUGCAGUCGCAAAGGGUAGUUGGGAUAUCAUGAAUGUCAGUGUUGAUAAGGCUGAAGCUGCAGGCGCCACUAAUGAAAAUGAGAAAACAGAGAAAGAAAUGGAGCCAGCAGUUGAUAAGGGAAUAGAACAAAUUCAAACUGCAGUGGUAGUUGAUGUAGGGGAUAGGGAUGGAACUCUGGCCACUGGUUCUAUUGAAGAAACUGCACGAACACAUGUUGCUCAUGAUGUAGAAAUUUAUAUGAGUGAAGCAAGCAAAAAUUUGGAAGAUGAACUCUCAACCAAAGCUGGUUUACCUGAAUCUGCAGAAUCAAUUGCUGUUACAAAUGCGCAAUUGAAAUUAAAUGAUGAAAUCGAAGAAAAGAAUAAUCUAGGUGUGGAAGGUGAGAAUGAUGGCUCGGUCACAGAUGGUGAGACUGAUGGUAUAAUUUUUGGAAACUCUGAAGCUGCGAAACAAUUCUUGGAGGGGUUGGAGCGAGGUUCAGGUAUUGGUUCUUAUUCUGAUGUGGAGACUUCUCGUGAUCAUUCAGAUAGAAUUGAUGGUCAAAUUGUGACAGACUCAGAUGAAGAAGUAGACACUGAUGAGGAAGGUGAGGGGAAGGAGCUGUUUGAUUCGGCUGCCUUGGCAGCCCUCUUGAAAGCAGCAACCCGUGCUGGCUCAGAGAGUGACACUGUCACUGUGACCUCUCAGGAUGGAUCAAGGCUCUUCUCAGUUGAGCGACCUGCAGGUUUGGGGUCCUCACUCCGACCUGUGAAACCUGCUGCAGGACCAAAUCGCCCUAGUAUUUUUUCUUCUUCUAGUCUCACCAAUGGGGGAGACUUGAAUACCAGCUUGAGUGAAGAAGAGAAAAAGAAACUGGAGAAGUUGCAGCAGAUAAGGGUGAAAUUUUUGAGGCUUGUUCACAGACUAGGUCUCUCUCCAGAAGAGUCGGUAGCUGCACAGGUUCUGUACCGUUUAGCCCUUCUUGCAGGCAAGCAAACCAAUCAGCUGUUUAGCCUUGAUGCUGCAAAGAGGACAGCUUUGCAGCUUGAAGCAGAGAGGAAAGAUGAUUUGGACAUUUCCUUGAACAUACUUGUCCUUGGGAAAACAGGGGUGGGCAAGAGUGCUACAAUAAAUUCUAUUUUUGGUGAGGAGAAGUCCCCAAUCCAUGCAUUUGAGCCUGCAACUAAUUCUGCUAGAGAAAUAACUGGUGUGGCAGGUGGAGUUAAGAUUAGGGUAAUUGAUAGCCCAGGACUCAAGUCUUCUGGUUCAGAACAAGGGUUAAACCGCAAAGUCUUGACUUCCGUAAAGAAGCUCAUGAAGAGUUGCCCCCCAGAUGUUGUCCUCUAUGUUGAUAGGCUUGACACUCAAACCAGGGAUCUUAAUGAUUUGCCAUUGCUUAGAUCUAUCACUAGUUCUCUUGGCUCUUCCAUCUGGCGAAAUGCUGUAGUUACUUUAACCCAUGGUGCUUCAGCACCUCCAGAUGGACCUUCUGGUUCCCCAUUGAGCUAUGAGGUAUUUGUUGCUCAACGUUCUCAUGUGGUUCAGCAGUCUAUUGGGCAAGCUGUUGGUGAUUUGCGAUUGAUGAACCCAAGUAUGAUGAAUCCUGUAUCUCUUGUAGAGAAUCAUCCCUCAUGUCGUAAAAACAGAGAUGGACAAAAAGUGCUCCCUAAUGGUCAAAGUUGGAGACCUCAGUUACUGCUGUUGUGCUUCUCUAUGAAGAUUUUAUCUGAAGCAAGUUCUCUUUCUAAGCCUCAAGAUCCAUUUGACCACAGGAAGCUUUUUGGUUUCCGCACUCGUGCACCUCCACUUCCAUACCUAUUGUCUUGGAUGUUGCAGUCUCGCUCACAUCCUAAACUCUCCAAUGAUCAAGGGGGCGAUAACGUUGAUUCUGAUAUUGACUUGGCUGACUUGUCUGAUUCUGAUCAGGAAGAAGAAGGGGAUGAGUAUGACCAGCUCCCACCAUUCAAGCCUCUCAGGAAAACUCAGCUUGCUAAGCUUAGCAAGGAGCAGAAGAAAGCAUAUUUUGAGGAAUAUGAUUAUCGGGUGAAGCUCCUCCAGAAGAAGCAAUGGACAGAAGAGUUGAGGAGAAUGAGAGAGAUCAAGAAGAAAGGAAAGGUUGUUGCUGAUGAAUAUGAUUACAAUGGAGAAGAUGUUGAUCCAGAAAAUGGAGCUCCAGCUGCUGUGCCGGUUCCAUUACCGGAUAUGGUGUUGCCACCUUCGUUUGAUGGUGAUAAUCCAGCCUAUCGGUACCGGUUUUUGGAACAAACUUCACAAUUUCUGGCAAGGCCAGUUCUCGACACUCAUGGUUGGGACCACGACUGUGGGUAUGAUGGUAUCAACGUUGAAAAUAAUUUAGCUGUUGCUAAUCGAUUUCCAGCAGCAGUCACUGUCCAAGUCACCAAAGAUAAGAAAGAGUUCAGCAUCCAUUUGGAUUCUUCAAUCUCUGCAAAACAUGGGGAGAACGGGUCGAGCAUGGCGGGGUUUGACAUUCAAAAUGUUGGAAAGCAACUUGCUUACAUCUUGAGGGGUGAGACUAAACUGAAAAAUUUCAAGGCAAACAAGACAACUGCUGGGGUAUCUGUUACAUUUUUGGGCCAAAAUGUGGCCGGUGGUUUCAAACUUGAGGAUCAGAUUGCAGUAGGAAAGCGCUUGAUGUUGGUUGGUAGCACUGGGACUGUCCGUUCUCUGGGUGAUGCGGCUUAUGGAGCCAAUUUGGAAGUGCGACUAAGGGAAGCAGAUUAUCCAAUUGGCCAGGACCAAUCCUCCCUGGGCUUGUCUUUGGUGAAGUGGAGAGGGGACUUGGCUCUUGGGGCUAACCUUCAAUCGCAAAUUUCCAUUGGAAGAAGUUCUAAAGUAGCUGUUCGUGCAGGAUUGAACAACAAGAUGAGUGGACAAAUUAGCGUUCGAACAAGCAGCUCUGAACAACUUCAGCUUGCACUUGUGGGUCUUCUUCCAAUUGCAAUGUCUAUCUAUAAAAGCAUUAGGCCAGGGGUCAGUGACAAUUACUCGAUGUAUUAAAUGCUGCAUUUUUUUUCCAUUCAUGCAAUGUAUUACAUUCAUCCAGCAUCAUAGAUUAGAUAAUGCGUUGAGCUUGAAUAAUGCCGAAUUUUCUUUCUUGUAGAACCUAUUGAUCUGAUAUUAUAAUGCGUUGAGCUUGAAUAAUGCUUAAUUUUCUUUCAA